CGACUGAACUGGUCUGUUCUUAUUGCCUUAAUCUGUGUCUGGUCGUUGCUGCUGUAACAUAUAUCAUUUGCCCCGUGGCGAUGGGCCAAUUUAAAGGAGCUCGCAUCGACUAUACCUCCCUCGAGUCCAGCAUAGUCAUACAGCCUUCAUGUCACAAUGGAGACACAUAUACAAUACAUAAUUCGCGACCCCAUUCUGCGAGUCGAAAAGGCUUUCACGACUGACUUUCCUAUCGACCACGUUAACGGAGUAGAGGGGAUUCGCAUGCAGAAUAUCCACUGGGAAAAACGACAAGUCAUUGUGGAAGAGAUUGUCGACCCAAGGUCCUGGAAGCUGGAUGUUCAUGGAUUCUGUUUCCUUCGUGCCGAGACUCGCCUGGACCCUGAGAAGGCAUAUAAGCAAAAGGACGAGGUGAAGGAUGCGUUCUGGCACGAGAUCGAAGCUAUCUUGCAUCAUCACUUCCCGCAGUACUCUAGGAUCGAGGCUUUCGAUUUUACGCUAAGAAAGAGGGAUCCAGAGUAUCCAGUGAAAAAUAGGGGAUAUAACCCAGAAUACGAGAACCCUUCCGGAGGGGCCCACGCAGAUUUCUCUCAGCAGGGAGGGCCUCUGGUAUUACAACACUGCUUCCAGGGUCAGGACAAGUUUUGGGAGGGUAAGGAUUUCGACAUGAUUAAUGUCUGGCGCCCCCUCCGAGGCCCAACAGACGACUGGCCUCUGGCAAUGUGCGAUUAUACUAGUAUCUCCACUAACGACGAUCUUGUCCUCAACGAUGCUAUCAAGAGAGACUUAGUCGUCGAGUGUUCCCUCAUGCACCACAGUGACACUCACAGGUGGCAUUAUCUCAAAGACCAUGAUGUGGAUACUCUGCUUGUAUUCCGUAACUCUGACUCCCUCGGGAAGCGCGCGAGGGGGUUUCACGCCGCUGUCUGCAAUCCGAACACAACAGGCCCACCGCGCGAAAGUGUUGAAGUUAGGCUCGUGGCUUUUUAUUGA